GCGGGACUUCCUCUGUGUCCGGGUGAAUCCGACAGAAAGGGCUUGGUCGGAGUGUCACCGGAGUGUGUGUGAGAGUGUGUGUCUGUGUGCGAGUGUGAGUCUCCGGAGCUGCAGCAGCAGAUAAACCUGGCGGACGACGCCUCAGCCGCCGCCGCCGCAGCCCCGUGGAUGAGCCUCCUCCUCGGCUAUGCUGCCCUGAGAGCGCCGCGAGAACCCCCGCCCCCGCCAACAUGUCCGAUGUCAACAAGACGGUGCAGAAGUGGCUCUGCAGCUUCAAGAAAGCCACGGACUUUGACUCGUGGGGACAGUUGGUGGAGGCGAUAGAUGAGUAUCACAUUCUGGCGAGGCAGCUGCAGAAAGAGGUCCAGUCGACAGGCCCUUCCGACUUCACAGAGGAUCAGAAGAAAACGUUAGGAAAGAUUUCAACAUGCUUGGAAAUGAGAAGUGCCAGUUUGCAGUGCACACAGUCCAAAGAUGACUUCAAGUUAGAAGACCUGAAGACACUGGAAACCAUCAUUAAAAAUCUACUGACGCACAACAAAGAGUUUCCUUUCGAUGUCCAGCCGGUGCCCUUAAAGAAAAUCCUCGCUCCAGGUGAAGAGGAGAACCUGGAGCUGGAGGAGGAGGAGGAUGCAGCGGCAGGAGCAGGGUCGACGGAGGCGUUCCCCCCGCGAGCCCCUGCUUCGCAAGGUACCUUGUUGCCACGGUUACCUUCAGAACCGGGGAUGUCGCUUCUAACAAUAACGAUUGAGAAAAUCGGCCUGAAGGACGCCGGGCAGUGCAUCGAUCCGUACAUGACCAUUAGUGUUAAAGAUUCAAAUGGUUUAGAUCUGAACCCAGUGCAGGACACACCUGUGGCCACCAGGAAGGAGGACACCUACAUUCAUUUCGGUGUGGAGGUAGAGAUCCAGAGACACGUGGAGAAAUUAGCAAAAGGAGCUGCUAUCUUCUUUGAAUUCAAGCACUACAAACCCAAAAAGCGAUUUACCAGCACAAAGUGUUUUGCCUUCAUGGAACUGGACGAGAUCAAACCGGGACCCAUCGUAAUUGAAUUGUACAAGAAACCCACCGACUUCAAGAGGAAGAAACUGCAGCUUCUGACAAAGAAACCACUUUAUCUCCAUCUUCUCCAGACUUUACACAAGGACAGCUAAGACGCCGCACGGCCUCCAACUUUGCACCUUUAAUCGCCAUUUACACCUCAUCACGUCCAGCAAUACUAAAUCCAGGCCGCUGUCACUUCUUUCCCACCUCGGAGUAUUUUGAAGAAAGCAAAGGGAACUGAGCCAAACAUUCGUCACAUCAGGUCAAGACUGACACAUUAGUUAUUCAUUUUUAUAUUCGUUGAUUUUGUCUUCAAAUGCAGAAAACUCUUCUCAAGAUUUUUUUGUUUUAUACAGCAGUGGUAUGUUUUAACAAUUAAACCACCUCAUCUCUAGUCUUCCUUCGCUCUGAUUUUUGGGAAAUGAGAGACACAACGGAAAAACCACUGCAGGUGCUUAGUUUGAUACUCAACAGACUCGUUGGACAUUGAACCUCGGAAUGACGUCAAAUUCAGCGAAACAUUAAAAGCAACAAUUUUUUUCAAACAAAUCUAAACCUGUUGGAGAAGCGGAGACAGAGUUUGCAGAGUCAUUCGCUGAAUAAAUAAUACGGAGUGACAGAGGUUGUUUGUUUGUCUGAGUGUGAGAAAAUUAUAGUCAAAUAAUAACUUGGUGAAUGAAAAAAAGAUUUGAAACUAGUUAAUUAAAUUAGCACUUAAAUUGUGCAUUUAAAAAAUUAAAGUGUAUUAACAUAAUUAAUUACGAUUAAUCUUAUUUACUCCUGAUGAAAGCAUUAAAAAUGUAACUAUGAAAUUUAUAAAUGACACUUUGUUGUUCUUAUUUCACAAAUCUUUCUAUAAAUGAUCCAUCUCACAUUUUUUUUGCUCUAAAAUAACAUUUGAGGCUUUCUUUAAUAUUAACCUGCAGUAACUGAUUUAUUGACCUCUUGAUAUAUUAUAACGUGUAAAGUUGAUGGUAAACUAGUUAGUAAAAAUGUGGAGCGGCGCUUCUGGCCACCUGAUGAAUGAAUGUACAAUAUUUCCUCUCCUGUUAGCUCGGUUUUGGUCUCCACCAGCAUCCGAUGUUAACCAGCUACAAGUAAGUGUAGCGUUCAGUUGUAGGUUUGGGGGACGAUUGUCUACGACACCUUUAGCAUUACAUGUUAUUAUUGGAUUAAUAGACAAAAAUAUUGACUGGCAGGAGUUGUCUUUAAAUUCAAGCUGUCAUAAAAAUAGGAAUGAAUGAAAUUUAAAACACUAAAGUAUUCCUAGUGGCUCCAGACUCCAUAACUGUGAUGUUUCAUCAGAUGGGUUUUCAAUUCAGCGGUGGCAUUUGUAAUAUUACAUGGUGCAAUUAUAUGUUAAAUAUAAAAAUAGGUGUCUUUGAUCAGAGGCCUCUACAUUUUCUUCUGGUCAUUGCCUUUUUUACAGUCAUGAUUUUUCAGUGUAGUUGAAGUCUGAUGGAAAAAUGUCUUGCAAAAUUACAUUUAAAAGUAAGAAUUUCACACCAAAUGACCCAGUAGCAAUGAAAUCAAACCACAGUUCUGACGGUCGCUUCAUGUCGGUGUUCAUGAUUUAGAAUGUAUUGAAUUUGUUCUGUUUAAAUCCUGUUGCAUAAAGUUUUAUAAAUGCCUAAAGUGUAAAAGUGUAAAAUGGCUGGAGCAUGGUUUGCAUGCUGUGGAUGUGUAUUCUCUGAACAGUGCGAGUCUUUGGUUCAGGCUCAGAUGAUUAUCACUAACAUUUUUCUUCAUGUUAUAUCUGAAUGAGGCGAUGAAUCCUAUUUGGGUUCUUUGACUUUUGAAGGAUCUUUCUACUUCUCUUAUUUUGAAAAUCAUGUCCCCCUUUCAUGCAGCUUUCUUUAAAGCUGCAUGUAACUGUUUCCUCUUCACUAAAACAUCCACAUUGAAAUAUUUGAUAUCAGAUUUUAUUUUUCUAACGUCAUAAUGAAGUGAGAGAAUAACAACCUGAUGAAUAUACAGACGCCCUGUGUGUGUGUUAAGUGGUAGGACUGGAAACAGUGUUUUAGUUUCUUUGACAGAUUGAAGGAAAUUGUAUGAAACAUUUACGUUUUAAUUUCCAAUAAAAUAAAAAAUAUAAAUGAGGCA